UCUCCAAAGUUCUGGCUGGGGGAAGAAACGGGAACGGGCAGAGGGAGCGCGGGACUGUUUGUUGCAGUGGUUGCCUAGGAUAGAAGGGUCCAUGAGUAGAAGCUCCGUGGAAGGAUCGGACCCGGCCAGCUUUUAACAACUGUCAAAAGUGAUAUUCCUAAAUCUUCUGGACUUUUUCCCAGAGCUAAGAUGGACAGAAUAAGGAAGAAAUACCCUGAGUUUUCACACACAGAGCCGCAAAACGAAUUUUGGAGUAUCAGGACUAAUAAGAGUUUGAAACAGUAUUCCAUCCCAAGACAAUAUAGAAGUACAGCAGGAAUGACCUAUCUCACUUGCUUAAGAGGGGAGAGCAAUCUAGUGCACAUGACAUCUGGGGGAACCAGAAGCAGGGGAUGUGGAAUCCAGCUUAGUCCAGCACAGGUGGCAUCUGGACAGAGCAGCUGUGGAUUUCCCCAUAAUGAGCCAGCAAGGCCACCUCUUCAAAGUGUCUACCGAAGGACCAAAGGCAGCCAGGCUGCCCCCAAACACUGGAGUAGACCACAAUACAAACUCAUUCCUUCCACCCCAGGAAUAGAGUUGAAUAUAUAGGUAGUAAUACACCCAAAGAAAUAUAAGGCUCACGACUGCAAUAAAACAAUGAUGCCUUCUUCUCUGCUACCAGUCCAAGGAGAUGACCUGGAUUCCUGUAUAUUAAGAUUUCCAGACUUGGAUUUAAAAGACACAAACCUCAUUUCUCCUAAUAGUAGUCUCAGAGCUGAAUUAGAUGCUAAUAUGAGGAAAAAGUAUGCCCAUGCAAAGAAAAAGGCAUUUGCCCUUUUGGUCAAAACAAAGGAAAUUCCAGAACCCACCAGCUGCUCUUCAUCUCCCUCCAAAAGAGUGUGGUGGACAUGCUGCCAGCAGAUCUUCAAAGACCAAAUUGGCAUCCACAGACAUAUAGCUGCCCAGCACAGGGAAGAUGUUUAUCAUCAGACCUCUACUGUUUUAAAGCAACUGGCUGCUGAGGCUGACACCCCUAAGCCCUGCAAAUCUGCAUUCAAGACAAAUGGACUAAAUGUGCCCCCUACUUGUAACCAUCAAGUGUCUGAUGACCUCCCAGAUGUGAGCUCCUUUAGGCUUGAUGAACUGAUAAGUACACAAGAUAGCAAUCAGGGAGUAGUACUAUUAUAUUAUUGUUACUGUGAUGUAGAAGAUCCAGAAUGGGUUUGUGCUUGGCAGAAAGCUCUGUGCCAACACCUGCAUCUCAAAGGAAAGGUUCGGAUUGCUACAGAAGGAAUCAAUGGAACAGUGGGUGGGAGCAAAUUAGCAACUGAUCUUUAUAUGGAGGCCAUGCUUUCUCAUCCAUUUUUUAAAAAUAUCUUAUGUAAGGAAGAUUUUAAGACCAGCAAAGGAGGAGCUUACUGUUUUCCUGAGCUUCGUGUUGGUGUAUUUGAAGAAAUCGUGCCCAUGGGAAUUAGUCCCAAUAUGAUCUCCUACAAAGAACCUGGAAUCCAUUUAUCCCCUGGUGAAUUUCAUAAAGAAGUUGAAAAUUAUUUAUAUCAGGGUAAUCAAGAGCAAAAUGACACUAUUCUGCUGGACUGCAGGAACUUUUAUGAGAGUAAAAUAGGACAUUUCCAGAAGUGCCUGGCACCAAACAUCAGGAAAUUCAGUUAUUUUCCCAGUUAUGUGGACAAAAACCUAAAACUUUUUAAGGACAAGCGUGUACUGAUGUACUGUACUGGGGGUAUUCGUUGUGAAAGGGGUUCUGCCUACCUUAGAGCUAAGGGUGUAUGCAAGGAAGUAUACCAGCUGAAGGGUGGCAUCCACAAGUACCUGGAAGAGUUUCCAAAUGGUUUUUAUAAAGGAAAAUUGUUUGUCUUUGAUGAACGCUAUGCUCUCUCUUACAAUAAUGACAUAAUUUCAGAAUGUACGUAUUGCGGAGCUCAGUGGGAUCAGUAUAAACUGUGUUCCACCUUACAUUGCUGCCAACUCGUCUUGUCCUGUUCAGAAUGCCAAGAGAAAGGACUUACAGCAUGUUGUCUCACUUGUCAGAAUAAAGGAGUCAAGCUAGCAAGUCCUGCUCAGAACAGUUUUAAAGAAGAAUGUGAUUGUACACUUAAAAGGCCCCGUAUACCAAUUGAACUUUCACAAUAAUCAAGACUAACUGGAUGGUGUAAAUAGGCAAGCUACCAACUUUAGUGCAAUUAUGCCAUUGCUUAUGUUAAGCUCAUCAGCAACAUUUUCCUUUUAGGGUUCAUAAUGUCAAUUAUGAGGGUCAGGGCUAUCGUCCUACCUCUAAGAGAAGAUCAUGACGAUGAUCAUAGAGUGAUGGUGCUAUCAGUGCUCCCCAACAAUAGAGUUGUGUCCAACUUGACUACUAUAUCACGUCUUUUGAGUUGAAUUUAAGACUCGUGGGAAUGAGAGAGUGAUGCUGAUAUAGUUAGGGUAAGUUCUUAUCAGACCAUUUGGAAGCAGAAAGGGCUGAAAUGACUGCGUGGAAACAGUGACGUCAUCACUUGGCCACUUUGAGAUGAAGUGUAUCAGAACUGUGUCUUUAACAAUCCUGCAAUAGCUUUGGCCAUAAAACUGAAAGCACACAAUAUGCCAAUGACCUCUAUUAUUACUGUCUUUAAAUUAUAGCAAAGUCAAUACAUCGAGGUCUAGGACAGUUUUAGACUUGUACAGUUGCUAUUUUUGGUCUUUCAAAUUUGAGCUGUGAGAACAUCCUGCAAGUACAUCAGUAUGUAUUUGAGGGCCUAAGACUUAAUAUUUUGUUGCUUUUGUUUGCAGUUUGGGGUCUCAAACAACCACUUUGAGAAUAUUCAGUUACUAAGUACAUCAACUUUGGCUUUAUGCAUUAGAUCAUUGCUAAACUGAUAGCUUGCUAGAAAAGAGAGAAGGUAAGAUAGAGAUCCAUCUUUCUACACACACAUACACCCAUCCUGCUGUUGUUGCUGUCUUCACUGCUUCCAUUCCUCUUGGUCAUUUUUUUUCUUCCAACAUCAUAAGGUCCCAGACAUCUUCUGUUUUAAAAGAAACAUCUCAAGGUCAAAAGUCACGGUGGAAUAACCGUAGCAUGAGAUGAGGGAGAAGGGGUCUAGUUCUCUCACCAUGCAGAGCGUAUUCCUCCGAUUGCCGUUUACUGGGUAAUCUCUCCAGCCUGAGCAUUUCCUAAGCUGAGAGUUUGGCCUGGCUAUUUUUUCUGCCUGAAAAAUAAGACAGUGUUCAAAUCACUAGCAUUAGCAUUUGAGUAUGGGAUUUGUCCCUUUCUUGGGUUCACAGUCGUUCUGUGUUUCUCCUCAGCAACUCUUAGUCUAUGCUACUCUUAAUGAGUGGAUAGCAUUGGGCAUAUAAGAUUUGAUUUACAUGAUUUCAUAAUGUUUUCAGGAAUAUGUCUUAUAUAAACUUUAGUGGCUAUUGAAAUGCACUUGCAAAAUCAUCAUCAAUUGAUAAUUUCUAACUUAUUUAUUAUUGUGAGUUUUGGAAAUCUGUGGGUAACAAAAGAAAUGUGACCUGUUCUACCACAGCAGAAAAAUUGCCUGUUUUGACUAAAUCUUUUUUAUGUGUAAGCAAAACUCUGUGGGAUUAAUUUCUAUCCUGUUAGCUUUGUUGCAGUAAUUUUAAAUCUCAUAAAGAUAAAUAAUUUGAAUUAACUUAGUUAAAUAUCAUCUUAGAAUCUCAAACCAUUGAAUAUUCCUAGUUGACACUAAAUGAAUUAAUAGUAGAUAACAGAAAGAAUUAACCAUUUGGAGCUCAAUGCCUCCAGCAAAAAACACAAUGGCCACUUUUCAAGGACUGAGAUGAGAAAUAUACUUAGGGAUAUCAUUUAGUCGUUUUAAUAAUGAAAGGCCACCCAGUUUGUAGUAGGUAGCAGGGCAUAACCAGCCAGUCUUGUUAAAAAGGCCAGUACAAAAUUUAAAAAUAUUCAGCAAGUUGAAGGAGUAGAACCAAGCUGGCAUUUUCUACUCUUGUUAACCUGUAAAAGUAGCGAAGUGUUCUUGCUUACUAUGGAGCAAUCUUUUUGUGCCAAUUAUCAGAAUUCCACAGAUGAAAAUGAGUCCAGAGAGUAAUACAUUCAUAAUCACACAUGGAAGACUUAUUGCUUAAAUUAGUGAGAACAUUAUUUUAUUUUAAUAACUCUAGUUUUCAUUAUUGAUACAUUUACUUUACAUAUCUUUAUGUAUCUGUUCUAGUCCCUUUGGGCACUUAAAGGAGGCCUUACAGUAGAAUUAGACCGCAGCUAUCUGUCACAGAAGGUGCUUGGCCUUUAUUUGACCCACCGGUGAGCCCAAAGACUGGAAGCUUGAAGAAGAAAGCAGGAGCAACACUAGGGCAGUGCCUGCCCCUAAACCAUAGUAGCAGAUGACUCCUCCAAAGCAGGAUGAGGAUAUUUAAAGCAGAGAAACAGCCAACGAUGUCAUUAAACCCUCAGAGGUGGCCGUCUUCAGGACAUGGCAGGAAAAGGGAGUCAGAGAUGACGCAUCCUUACUCCUCCUUGUUGUAGUCACUUCAUGCGUCAGAGUUGCAGGCAUGAGUAAGGUGUUUUAAAGUUAGGGGUAGGGACUCACCCUAUUUGUGUUUCCACUUUGAAUGCCACAGGAAGAAACUACGAGUUACCAACAUGGAAGGUGAUAGAUGGAAGGAUGGGGUAGGGAGUGCCGAAGAGGAGAAAGAACCAGGCCUGAAGUAAAAGCAGCUAUUGGGAUAAUAGCUAAACCCCUCAAAAACAGCGAACUCCUAUACUAAAAAUAUAUGAGCCAAAUUUGUGUUAAUGGAAUUUUUGUUUUAAUGCAAUAGGGCAGCUUCUUACUUAAACAAACUACAAUGAAUUAUUUAGUAAAGCAAAGAGUCACUCUGUAAUGUUAAAAUCACCCUCCAAGCAUAUCUGUUUUGUGUGUGAUUUUUGUAUGUUAAGGGAUUAUCUGAAAGUGAAAUGUGCCUAUAUUUUAAUCAAAACGACCACUGUCUCUGACUAGAGUUAGAGAAACCUUAUGCAUAAGUUCAGAAUCUUAAUAGAAAUAAGAUUCAUUGGCCCAGAGGUACUUCUCACUUGUCAACAAAGCAACUAAAUAUAUGCUUGCUAUUAAUAGAAAUAGUUUGUAUUUCCAUGGUGGUAUACACUUUUCAAAGCCUUUUCAUGUCUCUUCGGAGCCUCAAAACCAACCUGAGGAAUGUAGGGCAUUUGUUUUUAUCCUCAUUCUGUAGUGGGAAAACUGAGGCACACAAGGUUGGUCAGGGGUUUGCCCAGGGUUACACAGUAAAUUAAUGGCAGCACCUUAGGACUUCUGAAUCCUCAGCCAGUGUUCUUUCUGUGACCUCUGCCCCUUCCUAUGGAAGGGAAAAAAACAUAGAUCAGAUCUUUUCUGCUAUUCCCCAUCCACCCAGGAAGUCAUAAUGAGGGCCCAACGCACAGCCUAGAACGUAAAGAAUAAUACAAGUGUCUUCUCUGUGGCUUAGCUUUCAAGUCAAUUUGCAGGCCUUGUCAUUCCAUUAAAUCCGAAAGCACGAGUAGCAGCUAAUACUUUGAUGGUUCAGCUGAUAUCUUUCAAAAGCCACUAGACCUGGGGUCUCAGAAACUAGGAUUCAGAUUCCAUUUUUUUGCCAUUUAUUAGCUGUACAAUCUGGGGCAAUUCAUUUCCCUUUCCUGGGCCUUGAUUUCUUCUUCUGUAAAAUGAGGAGGUUAGACUAAAUCUCUAGGAAUCUUUUCCUGCUUUGGCAUUCUUCGAGCUAUGAGGAAGAUAUGAUAGACCCUAAUCAAGUGGAGAUAGGGAUGACUGAUGGUGGGAUACUGUUAACUGUAGUCCUUGCCCAAUGUCAGUUCUGGUGUCGAGUGUUCCGUGAACUGUUCAAGAGCUCAAGAAACCUUUGCAGUGUAUAGAAACACAGCUUGCAUUUUUAGGGAGUUUGUUGAGAAGUAGCGGCUUGGCUGGACAUUCUUUUGCUCAGAUUUGUUCCAAAAGACACUUGCGAAGAUUUUUUUUCAUAGACAGAGUUCUCCACAACACAGAAACAGUAAGACGACCAACUGAUUUAAUGUUACAUUGUAGCUUACAGUGAUCCAGGAUGGCUUCAACGAUUUCCUACAGAAUGGUGCUGUUUCUGGGUCAAUUUUGAGACUAAAUGUAUAUUCUUCCCAUAAUGCUAAUACUCUGGCUCCAUCUAUUAAGACCUUGUAUAGUUAAAUUACUCUGUGUGUGUGUGUGUGUGUGUGUAUGUACACAAUUCUUCAAAGGCCACUGAAACAAAAAUAACUCCUCUUUGUUCUCAGAACUCUAUAAGCCAUACUGAAUUCUUCAGCCUUUUUGGCAUGUUCUUAAGAGUUACUAAAUCACAAAUUGUAAAUCUUCCCAAAGGCAGUAAAAAUUAGUUUAGUUGGCACUAUGGCAUAUUAAAAGGCACAAGGUCUUUUGGGCUUUACAUUAUUUCUAUCAGAUGGUACUAAGAGAUUUAAGAAUCCUUUUUGCUUGAUCCCUAGAGAUGCACAGUGUGACAAAACCAGAUAUUCAGAAAUGUUGUUCUUGGAUAGCCCACAUCCUGUCUAGUUUGGCCAGAUUCUUUCCAUUUUCAAUUUUUUAUCCAUCUAGACCUGAAGGAUGGUUUUGCCUUCAAAAAUGUUACUUUUAUACCUAGAAUCACAUCAAGUGGGCAUUAUUUAGGUAAAAGAUAGGAUAGAUGGUUCAUCUAUAAGAUUUCCCAACAUCUCGAAUCAAUGGAUAAGUUUAUCCCUAGGUUCUCCUGGUUAUAUAAUUCUACUUUUUGUUAGUCCAUCUAGCCUUCAGUGUUACAUACUAUAAAGAAUAUUUUAAAAUAGUAUUUUAUUUGACUACAGAUUUUCAUCUCUUCUCAUAAAACUGACAUUUAAUAAAGGAGAAAAAAUACUUUCUAACUUAAAAUGUUCAUGACUAAAUACAUAGAAGUUAUUUUUAUCAAAGAAAAAUUAAAGGGAAAAUGGGGUUGGGAAAGAAAAGGGCAGAUUGAAAACUGAACCUUAUAAUCUAGUUUUUAAAAAUCAUUUUCAAAUACUCGAAAAACCCCUUUGUUUUGUGUUUUUCAAUAACUGUGACUGCUGUUAAGAAUCUGUGGCCUUAUUGCUCCUGCCUUUCUAUAGGAAUUAGAAACUCCAUAUUUUUGAGCUCUUCAGCUCCAGUGCAAUUCUGAAAUUAAAUUCUUGAAAUUAAAGAGAAUCAUAACAAUGACUAUCAAACUGUUAUAUUUGCUAACUAUCUGAGAUCAAGUUUUAAAAUAAAGUAUUUUAUAAUGCUUCUAAAA